GAGUUCGCCUGGCUUAUCGCUACUCUCUCCAUAUCCGGUGUCGAUAGCAAGCUCCGUUUGCUUUUUUAUCUCCACCAGUCGCCUUGCUACGUACCACCUACACAAACAGAUAUUUCUUCAACCAAGGCAUCAAACGAGGUUAUAAAAAGACCAACAGGGCCGAAUCCAGUCUCUCCGUCAGACAUUGCCUCUCUUCCUGAUGGAUCAAUUUCACCGGGGGGCCAAGAGUUGGGCAAUCCAGAUGCCUUUGAGGCUCAGGAGACUAAGGAAUCCUUGCUUCGCCCGAGUAUGCCUUAG